AAACUCAUUAUAGAUUCGGCCCAAUAAUGCAGCCUAGCCCAAAAUUCCAUUAGGGUUUCGCCAAUUCGCCCCCUCUCCUCUCUGUCUUUUCGUCUGACGGCGGCUCCCUCCCUCCCUCAUCUCCUCUUUAGUUUUUCCUUUCGCCCCCUCCCCUCUCUGUCUCUUCGUCUGACGGCCGAGCGGAGGCAAGCAUGGUUCACGUCAGUUUCUACAGAAACUAUGGGAAGACAUUCAAGAAGCCCCGGCGUCCAUAUGAGAAGGAGCGUUUGGAUGCGGAGUUGAAGCUUGUCGGAGAGUAUGGGCUUCGAUGUAAGCGGGAGUUAUGGAGGGUUCAGUAUGCUUUAAGUCGCAUCCGAAAUAAUGCUAGGAUGCUUCUCACUCUUGAUGAGAAAAAUCCUCGUCGGAUCUUUGAGGGUGAAGCACUUCUCCGGAGGAUGAACAGGUAUGGGCUUUUGGAUGAGAGCCAGAACAAGCUUGAUUACGUCUUGGCCUUGACCGUGGAGAACUUUCUUGAGCGCCGGCUUCAAACACUCGUCUUCAAGUCUGGCAUGGCAAAGUCUAUUCACCAUGCUCGUGUACUCAUCAGGCAGAGGCAUGUCAGGGUUGGGCGGCAGGUGGUGAACAUCCCAUCUUUCAUGGUGAGAGUGGAUUCUCAGAAGCACAUUGACUUCUCCCUCACCAGUCCUUUUGGAGGCGGACGCCCCGGAAGAGUGAAGAGAAAGAACCAGAGGGCAGCUGCCAAGAAGGCUGCUGGUGGAGAUGGAGACGAAGAGGACGAGGAUUAAACCACAUUCAUGUCCCCUUAUGUUACUUUACCGGGUGUUGGUACUUGGUAGUAGUACUUUUUCUUGUUUGCCUAUUUUGCUGAACAUGAAAGUUCAAUUCCUUUUUGGUGUUUGUUUUUAAUUUUUGUGACAUUGGAUGAUUUUGCUUGUUACAUUGUUUUGAUUGUGCUCAAUUAAUCCAGCCUCCCCCUCAUAAUCAAUGCUAUCUGGCUCCUUUGGGAAGAGGCAGUUAGGCAAUUAGGGGAUCUAUAAA